GUUUAUUCAAAAAAUGAUAUUGUGGAGAGACUUGGCAGCGCAAUCAUAUGAUUUUGGCAUUUUAUUCCAAAUAGAUUUACUUUUCUAUAUGAUUCGAACGCUUCAACUGUGUAGCAUGGUGCGCAUGCGCCGUCAGUGGGGGUUCUGCUAUCUCUGCUCCAUCCGGGAACUUCAGAAUUACCAUUGACAGCCGAAGCGCAACUUUUCCCCAGGCAAAGUGAAAUCAAGCCGCGGACUCGGACAAAAUAUAGUCCCUGCUUUUCAACUUAAAACUAUCGAAAGAAAACAUCCUUCGACCGUUCACCGGAGUCGUCGACGUUCGGUUGUCAUCUGGAAACAACCCAUCCGGCACCUGACACGUUUUCGCCUGGUUUGAAGCACUUUUCGAGACGGGCGGAAAGUGGGUGAUGAGUCCUAGCUUGUAAAAGAAGCGAGAACUUGCUUGCAGCCCGAGUAGUUCUUCUUUCAAUUGUUAUUGACGCUUUAAAACAAUCUUUAAUUCACCAAACUUCGUCUCGACCGCGACGAAAGUGGUAUAAAAGUGCUUUUCUGGCCGGAACAUGGAACUACAAGGCCUUCAAGAGGCGUUGAAAGUAGAAAUCCAAUGUCAUCAGAAUCAAACGUUGUGCAAAGGUCUCAAUGAACUUCAAAACGGACAGAAGCUGGCUGUCAGAACUUGUCCUGUAGGGACGACUAAGCCACUGUCGCUCAUCAAAUCUCCAAGCCAGGGCAUCGCCAUCUCCGUGGUGCCGGCCAAGACCCCAGUUACCAUGGUGACAGCACACAUCAACGGACAGAAGGUGUCGAGCACAGAGCCGCUGCAGACCUCACCCAUCAACCUAACUGGUGGCAGGGUGACACCCGUCGGCGUCCACCUACCGUUCAGCAGCAGGAGGGCAGAGCUGCCUCCCUCUCAGAUGCUGGGAACUCUCGCCGCUGUGCCCAUCAAGGUGCCUCAGGUCAGCUCGCUGCACCGACUGGCAGGUCAAGCUGCUACUGUGCUACCUCAGGUCAGGCCAAAGACCCAAAUCCCCGACAGCCUUCCCCACAGUCCCUGCCAGGAGCUGCAGCCGCUCAGCCUGCAGAGGGCAACCGCAGUGGUCAGUCCCAAGAGUCAGGGCGCCACCCUGCCCACUGCCAACAGCACCUUCAGCCCCGACCACCAGCCCAAUGGCCAGAGCGCCGCCGUGUCUGCCCCGUCCACUCCAACGCUAACUGCAUCUGGUGGUGUGGACUCCAGCAGUCCGGCGCAGCAUGCUUCAGCGGGACCUGGCGUAGCGUACGCCAUCAUCGCCACCUCGCCAGCCACCAGCAACGGGGUCUCCACGGCGAGCGAGGCUGUCAAGGUGAUCAUCAUCCAGCCUCAGACUCCCAACACAAAUGAAGGCUCCCCAGCAGACCCUCCCUCACAGGAGGCUCCAGUCACUACAGCGCCCCCUGCUGAGAAGAAAGAGGAAGAGGACCCAGAGAAAAUCGCCUUCAUGGUCGCACUCGGCCUGGUCACCACAGAACAUCUGGAAGAAAUCCAGUUGAAGAGGCAAGAGAGGAAGAGGAGGAGCACUGCCAACCCGGCCUACAGCGGCCUGUUCGAACCCGAGCGUAAACGUUUGGCAUCGCACUUCCUGAACAGCUCCUUCUUCUUGUCGGCACGAGACUCUGAGGACUUCUGCUGGAAGGACGACAUCGAGCAUGACGACCACUGUUCCGUAUGUAAAGACGACGGUGAGCUGCAGACUUGCCACAACUGCCCCCGAGCCUUCCACCCCAACUGCCUCAACCCUCCGCUCAAAACUCCACCCAGGGGCCCCUGGUACUGCCCCAAGUGUCAGAAAAAGGUUUUGAACAAGGAAAACAUGUCGUGGCCUCAGAACUUUGUUCAAUCCUACGUCACACACAAGACGGUGAGGCAGGAAGAGAAACGGCGGCUCCUUCGGAGAAACACCGAACUGAAGAAAGAAUGCUCACAUCUGGAAGAAGAAGACAAGAAGCUCAACCAGACACUUAAAGAUUGCAUGGACCUUCGGGAGAGGCUUCUGGGCCAGCAGAGAGACACUCAGGCGUCCCUGGACCGUCUCAAGUCGCUCAUCCGACUCAUCCAACGUGACCAGGUUAUCCAGGUCACCAUGACGACCACCGCCACCAUAGCCGCCUCCUUGCUCUCCCAGUCUUGGAUCAAACCCACCAGCACCGUGGCUGCGGGCCCCUCAGCCACACCCCUGCAGACGAGCCACAGCCAGGACGACAACUAGCGUCUCGUGCCGAACACCAUUCCUUUUGUUGUCAGAGUAAUAUCAAACCCUCUGUGAGCUGAUGUGGGACGAAGGAAAAAAAAAAAAAAAAAAAGCGACAAAAACUGAAGAGAGCCUAUAUCCUCCACUCGAUUCAAGUAUUUUUUAAACCCAACACCUACAGUGCUUACGAGAUUUCUUUUUUUUAAGUUAUUUUCUAUUUAUUCAUGUUCUUGGCCUUAAUGUAUUUAUGACUAAAGUUAGACGACAGCGCUGCCGCAGGAACACAAGAGUCUUUCUGGGCCCUCCAAAAAGAUAUUUCCCUUUUUUACACAGGUAUAACUAUUGUUCUGCGUCUAGUGAGAGAGAACGUUAGCUAGCGUAGCCACCAGGACGGCGGCGCGGCCGCGGCGGACUGUACAGCGACUAUAUCCGAGUAGAUGUUUGUUCUCGUUCUCCUACGAACAAUGUUUUUGCCAUAAGAAUUCAGGAAAUGUUUUUUCAUCCUUUAUGUAAACGCAUACGAGCCUUCAAACAAAAAAAAACAGAGAAUAACUUUUUUUCAGUAUUAAUAUAGUUAAAGUCAAAGAAAAAAGUAUUUAAGAUGAAAACUACAGAAAUUAGCGUUUCUAGUGGAGAUUUUAGUAUUUUCAUGCUGAUGCCUGUUGAUAAGUGUACGUUUGGAGUAUUUGAGGAGUCACUGUACAUAUGUUGUAUUAUCUUCAUCGUCAUCAUCAUCAUCAUCAGCGCAGGUCUUUUUCCGUUUUCCGUGAUGUUGGUUUUCAGACUUGACCGCGCCAGCACCCGAGUCGGCCCCCGCAGGCUUGCAGCUGCCAGAACACCAUAGGAUGCGGAAACUAAAAUACUUGAGCAGAAAGGUGGCAUUGACUAAUUCUCGAAAAACAAAAAAGGAGAUGAUUCUGUGUUUAAAAGACGAAAGUCUUAGGUCAACACUACUUUAUUAAUAAUUCAUUAAUAUAAUAAUGAUUCAUUUUUAUACUGGUCAUAUUGAUGAUCUUCAGUUUAUUGGAUAAUCGAGCCAUUCUGCCGCAACUUUAACACAGCAAAUUUGUCAUUGUCAAAUCUUCAGUCUGAAACCCAAGAAGACUUGAACACCCAAAUGUUUGGACGUCCUUUGAGCUUAACUACCAAUGUGGCAGCUGUAUGACAGGAGAGAGUCAAAAACAAAAGACGAGGUGCCUAGUUCUCAUGAUUUAGUCCGAUGAUCAUGUUUCAGGUAUUUUUGUUUCUGCGUCUUAGCAAAAAGCGCCGAUGAUAUUGUAGAAAACUAUGCUUUGGUUGGCAGCUGCGCUCGAGCGCGACAUGUCCGACAUGCACCCACUCAGUCCCUCCUCCCCCUCCAGUAUAGAAAAUAUGCCAAAAACUCUCAUUUUUGUACUGGGACUGCUCAUCGAUCAAUAAUGUCUCUAUAGCGCUCAUGUCUCUCCCUGCCUCUUUUAUAUGUUUUGGCUUUUUUUACUGGGUUUUUUGAACAUGUAAAGGAGCCUGUUCACCUGACAGAAGAACACUGCCUCAAGUACAACUGGACCCUGAAGCCAGGGUUUUUGUCUUUGUCCUCUCCUGACACCAGUCCCAGAUGAAGUGUCAAAACUGCAACUUCUUUUAAUAGACAGUUGGACCAGGAGGUGGCGCCGUCCUGGUUCUUUGUUCCCGCCAAAAUGUUACAACCAGGACCCCGCCACCUCAUCCUGCGUUUGUCUCGCUAGUCUUCCUGCUGGUCCAGAGAGGUUCCCUUUCAGAAGUAGACGUAGGUUUUUUUUUUUUUUUUUUUGUGGGGUAUUAUUUAUCAUCCUGUAAUCAAGUCCCUCUCACACACUCCAACACACACAGACACACAGACACACACCAGGUGCAGCUCUGCCACCUGUUGACGCACAAACUAGAACAAACAAGUCAGAGAAAAUGCCUUUACCAGAGUAGGAGAAGGGUUCUACUGGAAACACUCCCUGAAUAUUUCAGUUUGUUUGACUCGGUAUCAACUAUUCAUCUGCUCUCGCUAAAGAUCACCACAGCUUUUACUUGCCUUUCUGGGAUGAGGAGAAUUAACACGUUUGAAAAUUUAACACAAGUGGAAUCGCUAUAGCUCACAGCCUUAAAUUAGAAACCUUGGCAGACGGUGUUGCCGUGGUGACAAUAUAGAAGACAGUUGAGGAGUCUGGUGCACCUCAUAUAUAUAUAUAUAUAUAUAUAUAUACAUA